ACCGACUGCGCAUGCGUGGCUGCAGCUCACACGUGAAGCAGGGCAGGCAGCAUGGCGGAUAAGAUAGAAGUCGCGUUGGACCGGACUCAGGUGAAAAAGGCCGUUCAGGCUCUGCAGGCUUUCAUCAAAACCAAGUCCACGGGCGAGUCUCUGUUUGUGGACGACAGUCAGCAGAUCAGCCUGCUCCUCACACUGUGGAAGAUUCCCAGACAGGCGCAGACCAUCCGCAUCCCUUUGCCUCAUGGUCAGCGCACUGACACAGACGACGUCUGCCUCUUUACCAGAGAUGAGCCCAACAUGACGUCGGAGCAGACUCAGCGGUUUUAUAAGAAGCUGCUGCAGGAAAGAGGCGUUAAAAACAUAUCGGAGAUCAUCCCCUACAAGGUUCUCAGGACGGAGUACAAACCGUACGAAGCCAAGCGCCGGCUGCUAGGAAACUUUGACAUGUUUCUCUCCGACGACCGGGUCCGCCGUCUGCUGCCAUCUCACCUCGGAAAACAUUUCUACGAGAGGAAAAAAGAGCCACUGUCUGUGAACCUGCUGAGCAAGCAUUUGGCCAGAGACAUCCACAGCAUCAUCCAGGGCACCGUCUUGAAAGUUAACAACAAGGGGAGCUGCUGUAUGGUUCGUAUCGGCCACUCCAGCUUGUCUGCAGAUGAGUUAACAGAAAACAUCGAGGCCGCCGUCAAAACAGUGGUGACCAAAUUACGUAUGAAAGGACAUGUGAUAAAGGUGAUCCAUGUAAAAAGCCUAACGUCGGUGGCUCUGCCCAUCUACAACUCGGAUCUCGGCCACCUCAGUGAGAAGAAGCAGGUUACAACUGAUGAAACUCCCCAAAAAAAGAGAAAAUCACCCAGAAAGCAGGCAAAAAAACAACAGACGAAGAUGACAAAACAAACAGAUGCUGCAGAGGAGAAGAAAGUGGAGGAGGCGGAGGAAGAAAUCCCACAGCUGGUUCCCAUGGAAACCCCAAAUAAAAAGCCUAAACUGGAGAAGCCAGCGAAGAAGAAGCAGCAGCAGCUGGAAAAAGCUCCCAAAGCAGCUGCAGCAAAGAAAGGAGCAAAAGCACAAAGGAAAGUGACAAAGACAAAGAUGGCCGGCAAGACCGAGUCUAAAGUAAAAAGAAGAGUGCCCAAAGUGAAAUGAGCCCCGGCAGACAAUCUGUCGCACAUUUCCCUCUCAUCAAGGACAUUUAACUCCAUAACCAGGACCAGAUUGUUUGUGAAUAGAAUCAAUACAGGAAAUAUAUGCAGUCUGUUUGUCGUCUUUUUGUUCUGAAGCAGAUUAUAAACUGUUUUUUUGAAAUGA